UUAAUCCCCCUAUCGCAUAAAAACAUGGAUAGAAUACUGAAAUUUCAAUUAUUUAAAGAAAAAAUAAAAUAAAAUUACAGCCGACACAAAUUGAAUUCAAUCGAACAAAGAAUAUUUGUACUGUUUUUAAUUACAUUACACAAUUUAUGUGAAAACCUAAAACAGUUCUAGCGAACUAAUAAUGUGUCUUAGAGGGGGCGCAAUCUAGGGAAAACAAGUAACAACAAAUCACACAUGUAUUUAUUCAUUUAUUUAUUCAUUUAUUUACAGACUAGUAAAGAGGAAACUGACGGAAACUGACACAGCCCCCUCGGACUUCCACGUGUCACGUGAGUAUAGAAAACAGCUGCAACUUUGUGGAUACGUUACAUUUUUUUGUAUUCUCUUGGUAAAGGCACUCGGACAAGAAGCAUGGCACCUACAGCUGCAGCAAAAUUGGGCUACAAACCCCCUGAUGGAGGCUGGGGCUGGAUGGUGGUGCUGGGAGCUCAUAUUUCCAUUGGAUUUGCUUAUUCUACGCCAAAGGUUCUGUCCAUUUUCUUUAAAGCUAUUCAAGAGGACUUGAAGGCCAGCUCCAGUAAGAUAGCCUGGAUUUCCUCCAUCAUGCUGGCAGCUAUGUACGCAGGAGGACCUGUGAGCAGCAUGUUAGUCAACCGCUUUGGAAGCCGUCCAAUGGUAAUACUAGGGGGACUGCUGUGUGGAGUCUCUAUGGUGGCCGCUUCAUUUGGGAACUCCAUUGUCUACAUUUACUUUUUCAUCGGCAUCAUUGGAGGUAGUGGACUGUGCUUGAACCUGAACGCCUCUCUGACCAUCAUCAGCAAGUACUUCCUGGACAGGCGUCCUUUAGCCAAUGGUUUGGCCAUGGCAGGGAGUCCAGUGUUUCUGUGCAUCGUUGCUCCCCUGAACCAGUAUUUGCUUGAUAAGUUCGGCUGGAGAGGAAGUCUGCUCAUUCUCGGGGGUCUGAUGCUAAACUGCUGCGUCGCCGGUGCUCUAAUGCGACCUGUCACUUUAGCGUGUAAGAGAUCUUCCAAAGUAUCGCUCAAGAUGGUCGAAGAACAGCAAAAUACGAACAACACUAAACCAGAAGGUGGCUGCAUGAAGAAUGCAAAGGCAUUCAUAAAUCUGUCUUUCUUCAAGGAAAAGGGCUUUGUCUUUUACCUCAUUGGAAACAUGAUGUUUAUUUUUGGAGCCUACGCGCCUAUCGUGUUUCUGCCGGCCUACGCCAUCAGUAAAGGUGUGGAGGACUACUCUGCAGCAUACCUGCUCUCUAUUAUGGGCUUCGUGGACAUGUUUGUUCGUCCUGGCACUGGCCUGCUGGCCAACAGCCGGUGGAUCAGGCCCAGAAUCCAGUACUUCUUCAGCUUUGCUAUGGUUUUCAAUGGUGCCUGCCACUUGGUCUGCCCGCUGCUGGACAGUUACGCCCUCCUGGUGGCUUAUGCAGUGUUUUUCGGUGUUGGAUUUGGUAUGGUUUUUGCACUGAUAUUUGAGUGCUUAAUGGACCUGAUGGGAAGUAAGUGCUUCCCCAGCGCCGUUGGACUUGUCACCAUUAUCGAGUGCUUCCCCAUGCUGCUGGGACCUCCAACUGCAGGGUUACUGGUGGACAUCUCUCAUGACUACAAGUACCUCUUCUUCAUGUGUGGAUCAGUGAUCACCGCGGGUGGACUCUUCCUCUUUGUGACAAACAUCUACUACUACCAUACCCUGGACAACAAGAGGAAACAAAAGGACAAUGAACAGAUGAGUAAAAGUUCUGAGAACCAGGAGAGAUUAAGCUUCAUGGAGGGUGAAAUAAAACUCACUACUGAAUCAGAAAUUGAACCAAGGAAGCCUGAGACCAAAGAAGAGACGGAACAUCUAGCUGCAAAUAACACAGGGACUCUGGAAUAAUUGUUGUCCAUUUUUCUUGUUAGUAUAUUACAGCAAAGUAUCACGGCAAAAGACCCCAGUAGUAAGGCAAUGAUGUAUUUACAGUACACUACAAAUAAUUCAAAUAAUUUGUUGAAAAAUACAAAAAAAUGAUGCACACAAUUUUCAGGCAAGGAUACUCUACUCUUUCACAAAUUCAUACAAACAAACACUUUCUGGUGUGCACCAAUUUUAACCUCAGUCGCUGUGAUCAAACUUGGUGACUACAAAACUGUGGCCUACAAAUGCAGCCUAGUGCUGCCUGCCUUGGAGGACCAUAAAGGCUUCUUUCCAUUUAACCCUUCUGUGCAGCGCCUCAGAGUUUUGCUGCUUCCUCGAACAAGAAGCGGAUAUCUUCCAAUCGCACACAACAAUCCUUUAACAAGUAGGCCAUGGGUUGCCCAAAAACAAUUAGCAGUUAAAGUUUCCACCUUCCAUACCUGCAUGUGCAGAGGACUGUGGGUGACGAUCCACUCUUCAAUCUUAUCAUUUCUGUGUGGGAAGUUCUCAGACUUUGGCUGGAAUUCAAGAAUUCUGCACAUUGAAUUAGCAGCGGCCAGUGAUGUAACAUCCUUGAAAUUCCGUUGUCUCUGUAUUUUCCCUGACUUUGAGAAUCGGCUGCAGUGUACUAAUGGUUUGGUUUCACCUUGUUAACACAGUCUAGUUAAGAUGAAACGGGACCAAAACCUCUUUCAAUUCAUCACUCUCUUUUGAGGGUUCUAUUCCGUCCGUACCCUCAGGUGAGCUUGACCUCUGCUGUUACAGCAACUUUUAAUCCUUCUCCUUUUUUAAACACCAUUUUCCAAGUGCUGCAGCUACAGCCCGUGCCUCAGUGUUUUAGCAGUCUACUGUAUGUAGCCAUUUCUAAUGGAUACACCUUGAAACGAUUGUAGUUUUUGUUUGGUGGUUUCUUGUAGGCUGAAUACAAUGAUUCAUUAAUUUAACAACAAUGAGAAUAUGACUGGAGAGUAUCUCACAGGUGAGGUGUGAAUGUUACACAGGCAGCUUCUUUAUCCAAACACUGUGAACUGUUAAACUGUGAUAAUAAAUCUAAAGGUUUUUACGUAAAAUGUCAUAUUUAUGACAUGUUCUACCCUUUACGUGGCUCUAUCUGUAGCUCAUUAACGGUUUUUGCUUUUAUGCUCCUCUUCCUCCCCACAUUUAUCUAUACAAUAACAGCUGACUUCUACUUUUGUCUGCUUUUUUAGUGACAUCUUAUCGUUGAUUUGAUUUUUUUUGAAAGUCUGUUACCAGUUUUCCAAUAACGUAUCGUAGGUUGACUAAUAUAGUGUUGUGUGAUUUAAUUUUAUAAUUGUAGCUGCUUAUUUAAAGAAAUUAUGCACAAUAUUGCAAUAGUAAUUUUGAAGUAACUGUAAGGUAGAAGUAGUAAAUACAGUACAACAUAAAUAAAUGUAAAAAAAAAUGUGCACAAAUAUUUCACGUUAUUUAAAUUAUUAUUAAAAAUAUUAACUUGUGUUUUUUUUUUUGGGGGGGGGGACUGACCCUCCAAUAUGUUGACAGCUUCACCUUUAAUGUUAGAAAUUGCACAUUUCUUUGUACUGAGCCCAGGGGGUGGAGGGGGGCUGCCCUGAUGGCUCGGUUUGUCAUUGCUGUUCUGUGUAAAUGUUCGCUUGCACUCAAGUAGUUAUAGAAGUAAAAAUGAGAAAAUGUACCUGGCUAUUUUGUGCUACUGCAACCUGAACAAGGUUUUUUGCUUAGGUGAUAUUAUUUUAUGUGUUACUGCUGUUUGUUGCCCAAACAACUGAAAAUAAACAUUGAGUUUUUGGAACUGCA